GCUUCCUGCCAGAUUGUGAUAUCCGCUGAGAUUCCGCUGCUGAACAACAAACGGAUACAGUUUAGUACAGUUUAAUGAUAGGGACAUGGUACUUAGGUGUAAAUUUGUGUUAGUUUUCACGUUUACCAGCGUAUAUGUAGUGUUAGUUUAUCACAAUAAUUCGUAACGAUUAGUGAUUUAUUGACCAUAUAUUAGUUCGUGCAUUCGUUAUAUUCUUUAACACUUCAAUAUAGAGGCUGAAAAGAAGGAAAUCCUUCGAUAAUUUGGAGCGUGCAUGUUUUUGUUUGUUUGUUUGUUUUGUUUUUACCUUGCCUGAAUGUUAUAAAGGUACAGUUCAGCGUGUUCUUAAUAACAGCCUACGCGACGCUGAUGGAGAUUCUAUCAGAGUGAAAUGAAGCACCUAGGCUAGAGAUUAGAAAUGCAUUAAUUAAUGGUUUAUUGUCACUGAGAGGAAUGUCUAAAUAUCGCCAAUAUUUACCUUAUCAGAUUUGUCCUGAAAUGUCAAUGGCCAUACUCUCACUCACUUUACUGUUGUUUAGGUGGCAGCUGUGGCAGGGAUUAAUAUUAGACACCGUUGCUGAAAAAUACAGCUUGGUGUGACCAGCUGCCAAAACACAGGCCAGUCUAGCUGGUCUUUACCAGCUGUGAUUACAAUAGAUAUCUCAGGAUGAGCUGAAGCUAAAGGGAAUCAGAAACCCCAAAUCACCUCUUCAGAAGGACUUCAGUAGGGCCAAACAUGCCUCACUGUGCUCAAUGAAGAUGUUUUCAUGGGCCCAGUUUUGCAGGCUCAGUAUCUCAAAUUCCCCUCAAUAUUUUGCUGCCUUGCUAUCCAUACUGGAUAACUUGUAAGAUACCAGGUGGUGUCUUACCAGAUGGUGUCCUGCUAUUCUUGUUGCUGGGAGCAUUACCCCAGCUGCACUCACUGUUGCAAGCACUAUCUUUGGCCCAUUCAGAUUUUGCUAAGCUUCAUUGCCUGCAAGCAUCUAAUGUGGUCUGCCUCCAUUAUAGUGUGCAAGCUGUCACCAGAGCAGGGGGAAUAUUUCACACAAAAAAACAAUAGGCUAUCCCAUUACUAGUACUCAAAAAUAAAUUUCUUUUCUGUAUGUGUAGCCAUUCAAACAGUAGCAAUGCCAAAAACAUAAUUCUCAGAUUGUUUCUACUUUGAUAGAUUACAAACCUACAUUGAGCCUUUGUAGUAAUUAUGCGAAUCAGUUUCUGCCAGGCCCUGCUAACAGGAGCCAUUGUGCUGAACUUGGUGAUCCUGUAUUAUAUAUCCCAAGCCCAGCAACAGAUGAAGGAGAAACGCCGCAUGCAGGGGAAAGGCUUAAAAAAUGCCUUCCAAUCAGUGUCAGGCCUGGGAGGUUCAGGGAGCAUAGUGGCAAGGGGUAUGACAAGAGACAACAAAGUAGGAGGCCUAGAGGGUAUGCACAAUCCUCAUCUGACUGUUAUCCUACAUGAGUUUGAAGACUUUGAGAACUAUGUAGGAGAUGUGGCCCAGUCCUUCCUGCACCACAUGCCAGAACUAUGUUUCCUGGUAGUAGCAGAUACCCUGCCUUACCCACCUCUGAAACUGCCUGAGAAUGCCCAUUUACUGGUGCUGUCCCCGAGCCCAGAAAAGCCUCCUCAAACACAUCGUCCAGAAAACCAUGUGCAAUCCGAGUUUGUGCUGCUUGUGCCCGAUGGUGUUGAAUUAGAGCAUUGGCGGCAACUUGAGAGGCUUGUUCAAGAGUUGAAGGCUGAAGGAGAUGGCCCAGUGCGCCUGGUUGCUGCUCCAGUGCUGACCCGUGCUGCAGUCCAGUGCCUGCACUUGCAAGUGAACCUCAAGGAAUGGACAGCUACAUACUCCCUUGGGGCAUCUGGGAGUGGUGGCAGUAUGUGCACUGCUUUGUAUGGUGAUGCUGUAGUUCUUAUUCGAACUAAGGACCUUUUCAACCUAUCAGUCCCACUUGCACGCCCCCUGCUGUCUGCACUGUUUAUUCAGACUGCGCUUAGAGGAUGGAAGGUAAAGCUUCUGGAGGGACCUUCAUUUACUGCCAGCCACAGGCCCCUCUUUAGCUCUGCACACAACCAGUGGAAGGCAGACUAUCAUCUCAAGGAGGCUACCAGCCAACUAAUGAAAAGCUUUGGCCUUAAACGGUUGGUAUGGCCUGAUGGAAGGGACCAGUGGUUUGGCUGCAGCAAGGAGACAUCACGAUGCUUUGGCACAGUGCAUGAUGACACACCAGAGUACCUCUAUUUGGAGCGAUGGACCCCACCCUGCUGCUUGCGUGCCCUGAGGGAAACUGCAAAACAUGUCAUCAAUAUUCUGGAGAGUUCUGGUGUGCGCUACUGGUUGGAAGGGGGUAGUCUUUUAGGAGCAGCCAGACAUCAAGAUAUUAUACCUUGGGACUAUGAUGUUGAUCUGGGUAUCUACCUGGAUGAUGUGCCCAAUUGUGAAUACCUUAAGAACCUAGAUUCAGGGUCACUGGUAGAUGCCAAUGGUUAUGUAUGGGAGCGGGCAGUAGAGGGAGACUUCUACCGUAUUCAGUAUAGUGAGGCCAAUCAUCUGCAUGUGGAUCUAUGGCCUUUCUAUGCUCGUAAUGGAGUUAUGACCAAGGACACGUGGACUGACCACAAGCAGGAUGUGGAGUUUCCUGAGCACUUCCUGCAGCCACUGGUGCCCAUGCCAUUUGCUGGCAUCACUGCUUAUGGACCCAACAACCACCGUGCCUUCCUGGAGCUCAAGUUUGGGGAAGGGGUAAUUGAGAACCCUCAGUAUCCUAAUCCGAUCAAGAAAAGUCUGACUAGUUACUAGGAGGUCAUAUACAGUCCCCUCCGAUAGUAUUGGAACGCCAGUUCUAUUGUUUUUUGUAUACAUUGAAGACAUUUGGGUUUGAGAACAAAAGAUAAAUAUAAGACAAUUCAUCAGACUUUCAGCUUUCAUUGUCUUCACCCAAAACACACUGCAAAAAGGACUUCAUCAGGGAAAAAAGUGGAAGGUUUUAGACUGGCCAAGUCAAUCACCAGACCUUAACCCAAUUGAGUCAUUGCAUGACGAAGUUCCUCCUAAUUGGAUUGGAUGAGAAUGUUUCUGUAGACUUCUGAAAUGAUUCUGCUGCUACCAUCAUGAGUUCCAUCAUCAAUAAAGAUUAGUGAGUCCGUUCCAGAAGCAGCCAUGCAAGCCCAAGCUGUGACACUACCUCCACCGUGCUUGUCCCAUGAGCUCCUAUGUUUUGGAUAAUGAGCAGAUCCUUUCUUUAGCCAGACUUUGGCCUUUCCAUCACUUUGGUAGAGGUUAAUGUGGCUCAUCUCUGUAUUUCAUUGUGAAUUCCAAUCUGGCCUUCUGACUCUUACUGCUGAUGAAUGGUUAGCAUCUUGUGGUAUGGCCUCUAUAUUUCUGCUCUUGAAGUCUUCAAGCAGUCUUCAUAGGCAAAACCCAGGGCUCAAACCAAGAGUAGAAAUUCAGAGCUAUUAAUUGUUAAAACAGUCAAUCUAAUACGACACACCUGGGCAACAAGAAACACCUGUCAGUCACAUGUUCCAAUGUAUUUUGAUCACUUGAAAAAUGGGUGGGUUCAAACAAAAGGUGCCAUUUUCUAAAUUGUUAGGCAUCUAGAUGCAAAUAUGAGGAAAUGAAAGUUGAUCUAUCAUCUCAUAUCGAUCUUUUUUCAAUUUAAUUAUCUCUUUUCAAGUUAAUAUCUAGAGAUUUGCACACUGCAUGUUAGUCAUCAGUGUCUUAAAUCAAAGAAGACAGUUUGGCCUUUAAACAUAUUGUUGAAUUCCUUGUGAACAUUUAUAUUAUGUGAACAAAUAGUAUUUAAAAUGUAAUUUAAAAAGCACAAAUGCAUGUAAUUGCUUGUUUACAGUGUCAAGCUGUAUGUCAGAGUCCAUUUUUCACAUUUAGAAUUUUUUCUCUUUUUUUCAGUAAUGGCUAUCUUGCUGGGGAAAAAAGACCCACUAAUUACUGAGUUACUGGGUUACUGAGACUUGGCUAGUGUCCAUACACCAGAAUUAUGUGCUCAUACUUGUUUCCCACUGAUAAAAAGAAGAAAACUUCUCCCUUUUCCAAUGUGCAAUUUUUUGUACAGUGUGCAAUCUCAAAUCCAGACGUCUUCAAUGUAUAGCAAAAACAAUAGAAUUGGGCUUGCCGUUGCAGUUUUUUUGGAGGAGACUGUCUGUGUUUGUGUGUGUGUUAUGUUAAUGUCUAUAUUAUAAAGAACAGUAAACUGUAAUAAACUAAUCAAAGUCGA